AUGUAUGAACACCAAGAUAACUCCAAUUCGUCCUCUACCCAUUCUGUUUCUCCUUCCCAUCACUCAAACCCCAAAUCAAACAUCUACAGUGCCAACUAUAUGGCACGAUACCUGAAUCUCAAUAACCCUAUUAAUCCUUUUCAACUUGACAAUGGUGACAACCCUGCCGUAAUUCUCGUCACCGACCUGCUCAUCAUCGACGAUCCUCAAACGACAUGGUGGUGUCGUGGAUCCAGAACUCAAUUAGCCCUUUCCAUCAAGUCGAGUGUGGCUUUCGUGGAUGACGCUUGCGAGAUAUGGAGUGAUCUCCAGGAUCGGUUCUCUCAACAGAAUGGGCCACGAAUUUUUCAACUCAAAAAGUCUCUUGCAAGCAUUUCCCAGGAUAACGACUCUAUAAGUUUUUACCGUGGAAAGCUAAAAACCUUUUGUGAUGAGCUCUCUGUCUAUGACCCUAUACCUGUUUGCAAUUGUGGAACUAUGAAAACUCUUGUGGAUCGGUAUCAACCAGAUUGUGUAUUUCAGUUCUUAAUGGGUUUACACGGUAAUUACUCAAAUGUUCGUGAUCAAAUAAUGCUUUUGGAUCCUCUACCCCCUGCCACAAAGGUGUUCUCCCUCAUCCAACAACAAGAACGACAGCACUCCCUGGUUCAACCAAGCCCCUCUCCCGACUCCAUGGCUAUGGCCUUUAAGCGAGCAUAUUCUACUCCUAAAUACCCAACCCAACAAAAAGAAAGACUGCCCAUAUUGCACUCACUGCAAAAUCACCGGCCAUACCUUUGA